CCUCCGCUGAGAGGAGAAAAACAAUGUUAGGUUCACAGAGCAGGAGAGAACUGUCUGCACUAUAUGGGAGAACAACAGUUCUGAAUCAACACAUGUGAUUUAAGGCAUUAGUAUGAGAUGUUGUGGAUCCAGGUGAGUUGUAGAACCUUCCUGUAGAACCUGCAGGGUUCUAACUGAGGGAUUACUUUGCAUGCAGCCCGGCCUCGGAGGAGGACUGCGGUGGGAUGGGCUGUGAGGUGUUCAAGAUGGCGGCGCCCUGUGGAGAGCAGCUCCUCUAACAGAGGUGCCUGGAGACUGUAUUGGUGGGUGGCCCCAGGAGUCCUCCAGGCAGGCAGGGACGGACACCGUGAAAGAGACGCUGCCCCCACCUCCAGCACUGCCGCCACCAUGGCCAGGGAGCAGCCCAACGUGGGGGACCUCCUCCCACUCCUGGAGACCUCCGACCUCCACCAGCUCGAUGAGAUCCGAAGCCUCAUCAAUGAGCAGCUCAGCACGGAGCGAGGGUCCAUGCUGCUGAACGGGCUGGUGGACUACUUUCUGGAAACAAACUCUGCACAGGCCAUGCAUAUCCUCUCCUCAGUCAGAGAGCCACACGAUAAGCACCUUCUGGACAAGAUGAACGAGUGCAUGACCAAACAGGCCUGCCGGCUGCCCACCCUCACCCUGCUCGGCCAUGUCAUCCGCAAGCAGCCGUCCUGGAUCCACAAAAUGGCCCGAUACCCUCUGCUGCUCUCGCUGCUCAAAUGCCUGAAGUCGGACACAGACGUAGUGGUGCUGAUAACUGGAGUGCUGGUGCUGAUCACUCUGCUACCAAUGAUCCCUCAAGCUGGGAAACAACACCUGUGGGAGUAUUUCGACAUCUUUGGCCGCCUGGCAUCUUGGAACCUGAAGAAUCCUGGACACGUUUCAGAGGUUUAUUUAAUCCACCUCCACGCCAGUGUCUAUUCUCUCUUCCACCGCCUCUACGGCAUGUACCCGUGCAACUUUGUGUCCUACCUGCGCUCCCAUUACAGCAUGAAGGAGAACAUGGAAACUUUUGAGGAGGUGGUGAAGCCGAUGCUUGAACACGUACGUAUUCACCCAGAACUGGUGACAGGAACAAAAGACCACGAGCUAGACCCCACCAGGUGGAAAAAGUAUGAAAUCCAUGAUAUCGUCAUCGAAUGUGCCAAAGUGUCUCUAGACCCCAAGGAGGCCUCCUGUGAGGAGGGCUAUGCCACCAUGCCUGAGAACUUUUAUCCCCAAAUCCACAUGCGACCACAAGACUGCACUUCCAGCCCUUACACAGACCUCCACAGCAGCUAUGGAAGUUCUUCUUCGACCCCGUUCUCAACUCCAAGGCAGCCCCUUCCCCCACCCUUGUCCUUGCCCCCCUUCUCAGGGACACAGUCCUCCCACCGCAGCCCUCAGACCUCCAGACGGCAGAACUCCACCUGUGAACUCAACUCUUCCUGUGGGGGGAAGGACCCUCUGUGGAGCCCCUCCUCGCUGUGUGGCAUGGCCACGCCCCCUUCCUCCAGGGGCAUGUCGCCCAACUUGGAGCUGUCCCACAGUGCCUCACACCUUCCCAGCCGCUUCCACUGCACAUCAGGAGGGAAAGGAACGCCUGCCUCCAGUACUCCUGCUACUUCGUCCCCACCUCCCUCCCUGUCGGAUGACUUCCCCAUCAUCUCCCUACCUGCAAACACAGUCCAGUCCAGUCCACCUAGAAAGGAUCGUCGACACGGAGAGAGCAACAAGCCUGCACUCGUGAGACAGGAGCCGGUGAAAGAUGCAGAGAAGAGUGCAGAGGUGUCUUCAAACAGAGAUGCAGGAGCUGCAGAGAACAUCUCCAUGACUCUGACGGAGCUGUCGGUCUUCAUGAAGAAACAGGAGCUGGAGCAUCAGCUGAGGACAGAGAAAGAGAGGGAGGAGGCUGCCAUCACAGAGGAGCUGCUGAAGAUCACCGAGGAGAAGCAGGAGCUGUCGGGCCUGAGGGGAUUCGACUCCCCUUUCUAUCACACCACUGAGACUCUGACGGGCUGCCAGGCACAAGACAAGACCCUCUCCAACAACCAGCCCGGAGGCCCGGUCCUGAACGCCCACCACGUGGAAGCCACCCCAGACAAAGCGGAGAGCACUGCGAGUACCAGCGGUGUCGGGAGUGAAAGAGGAGGAGGCGGAACAACGGGAGGAGACAGCAGGAGUUCAGUCCUGGGUCUGGAGCAGUCCUGGUCCUUUCAGUCCGGUUUCACCCCCAUCGAUCACCACCUGCACCGGAGCCCCUCUGCCCCGGAGGAUGACGUAGGCAAGUUUGGGAUGUUCUCCCCGAGCCCGGGCAGCAAGACCCCGGCCCCAGUGCCCUACGAGUCCUUCUUCGACCUGGCCCUGCCCAGGGCAGCCUCGCUCUUUGUGGGCCAGAAGACUUCAGAGGCGGUGCACAAGGCGGCCAUGGAGAGACUGUCUCAGUGGGAGGAGGGGCUGGAGGACGGGGAGGAGGAAGGAGUGGUGUCUGCUUCGCCACUGGAGGUGCUGGAUCGCCUUGUUCAGCAGGGGAGCGACUCCCACGAUAAAGUGCUCAAGAGAUUACCUUUGCCAAGUAAGUCAGCUGACUGGACGCACUUUGGAGGCUCUGCUCCGAUGGAUGAGCUUCACACGCUGCGCAGCCAGCUGCUCCUGCUGCACAACCAGCUGCUGUACGAGCGCUACAAGAGGGAGCAGCACGCCGUCCGCAACCGACGCCUCCUCCGACGCAUCAUCAACGCCACUGCACUGGAGGAGCAGAACAACGCUAUGAAGGAUCAGCUGAACCUGCAGAGCGUGGACAUUGUGUCUCUGAGGGAGAGUCUGCAGGUGGAGCAGCAGCGGUACAGGCAGCUGUGGGACGACCGGGAGACAGUGGUGACCAGGCUGCACAGUCAGAUCAGGCAGCUGCAGCAGGGACGAGACGACUACUACACCAAGAAUCAGGAGCUCCAGAGUAAGUUGCAGGAGUGUCAGAAAAAGAUGGACGAACUGGAGGCGGAGCUUCAAAGGGCCAACAACAAAGUCUGCCACACUGGUCACCUUCUCAACCAGAUGACUAUUAAGCUGAGCAACAGUGAGAGCACCCAGCAGCAGAUGAGCUUCCUGAACAAGCAGCUGCUGCUCCUUGGGGAGGCUCAUAAGCUGUCCAUGCAGGAGCUGCACCACGCAGGCGCUGAUAAUACAAAGGAGGCCCAGAUGCUGAAGAUGUCUUAUGGAAAGGAGGUGGAGACACUGAGGCAGAGUCUGCUGGUUCAGGGUCAGAAACUGGAGGCAGCGCAGCAGAGAGUGGCUGAGCUGGAGACGCAUCUCUCCAAGAAGGAGCACCUCAUUGUGGAGCAAAAGAAGUUCCUCGAGGAUGUCAAAUGUCAAGCGAGGGUGGAGCUACAGGCCUCAGAAAGCAGGUAUCAGGCUCAGAGGAGAAUCACUCAGCUGCUGCAGACGGAGCUCCUGCAGCUCUACAGCAGAGUGGAGAUGGAGACUCCAGUCAGCACCUCUGCCAGUUCACCACCAGGGGGCAGAGCUGACCCACACAUCGGUGCUGACUCCAGUGUCAUGAUGCCAGAUGGACCAAGUAAAACUCGCACCAACAAGGAUGUGGACAGUAGAUCUCCACGUGACUCUCCUCGGGGCAACGGCAGCACUUUAUCGCCAGGACAACUAAAGGCGAGUAACUCUUCCACCACAACAUCUAACUCCAUCAACGGCAGCCAGGACUUAGCCCCGCCCCUGCUCGUGGAGCCCUCCCCGUCCUGUCCCCAUACCAACUCGCUUACACCCCAGCCGCCCUCUGAUGCGCCGCUCACCGUGGGCUCUUACCCCAGUGCCAAGAGCUUCCUGGGCAUGAGGGCAAGAGAGCUGUUCCGCAACAAGAGCGAGAGCCAGUGUGAUGAAGAGCCACCACCACCGCGCCUGGCAGGCCUCGCCCACGGCUUGAAAACUGAGCUCUGCGUGGAGCCGCUCUGCCAGGGUUAUAUUGCCCCUGUUAACCCUGCACCUUCCCCAAAACCGACUCUGCCCCCUCUUCAAGCUCCUGCCCCUGCACCUGCCCCAGCAACCCCUCUCACUGUGCCCACCAAGCAGCCCCCCUCAGAGCCGAAGCAGCGGGCCUCCAGCCAGGAAAGCCCCAGAAGGAAGGCAGGGGCGGGGCCUGGUGUAGGGCGGGGUCACGCCGGGUCAGGUCGUCCCAGGCAACAGCAGCUAAAAAUCAUGGACUAUAACGAAACACAUCACGAGCACAGUUAGAGACACAGAACUGAGCCGGGACGCAGGGCUGAGACUGAGAGACUGAAGUUCAACGAUGGAGAAGAGCUACAAACAGAAAGAGUCACACGCCUCUUUGGAUUCAGUGUUAAAUGUUCCAUUCCUCUGAGUGGACAACAGGAUUUCCCCCGUGUUGUUUCUCUUCUUUUUUUUCUUUUUUAAACUUGUUCAUUCCCCGAAGAAUUUCAACAAGGUUAGAGGGAAACAAUUUGGAUGUGUUGUUACCAGUAAAUAUGCUAGACUAAUGAAUUUAGUUCUGAGUCAAAGAUGCUCAAAGAUAAGCUGACAGAAUGUGAAGUCAUCAUUCACUUACUCGUGACACUGUGAAUCUGACAUUUAAAGGGUCAUUUCUUCUGAAAAAGCUCGGUGUAGCUGCGGAUAGUCCAGAUAUUGAGAUCUGCCUCUGAUGUUUUGGCCUCAAUGUCCAGUGCAGACAGAAAGGGAUUCUGUUAUUGAUGCUCACAGCAUUGAAAGAUUACAUUUAUAAAACUAAGCAUCAAUGUGUCCUCUGAAAGUGUAUCACUUCCUUUAGAUAACUCCCAGACUUCUCUGCAGGAGAUGUAAUCUCAUUUUGGGACUCAAAUUUGUGAGAGUAAGUGAGACAAGGUCUUAGGAAAGAAAAACUGCUCUUUAAAUGUUUAGAUGUAAUUUUUACAUGCUGUUAGCUCCACAGAUAAAGUUCCUUUAUUUCUGUUGAAGAGGCUAAGCAGGCAGCAAUCUCAGAGAGUGAUAUCUCAAAACUUGGACUAAUAAAACUUAAACUAUUCGUUCUAGUUCAAACCAUCAAAGGUUAAUUUUCCAUGUUUGAGUGAACUGGCCCUUUACAUUUAUAAGAUACUGAAGCCCACCAUAAAGCAAGAGAAGCUGCUUUUGUUGCAACUAACUGUAAGGUGAGCUUUAUCAUUGAUGGACUAAAACGUGGUUUUGACAUGAGCGUACAUGUUGGGCGAGGAGGUGAGUGGUACGAAGAUAUGUUUGGUUUCUUCUGUGGGAACCGUAGAGGUUGAAUCUAGUGUUGCUGGUCUUGAUGAACAUUCCCAUACAGACUUUAUGGACUUACUCCAGGUGAAGUCAGGAGGAGGACGUGUUUUUUGCGGGCGGGUUGGUGAUGCACUCAUGUUGGUUCUUGGAAAAGUCAAUGAUGCAAGGAGAGUAGCAUUUGAAAUUUGGAAACACAUGAAAUAUUAUGCAUUUUUUAUGAAUUCCACAUUCUGUUGUAACUUUUUACUUUUUAUUUAUUAAGCCACGAAGGUGUCAAAAGCGCAUAUCAGAAAUUUUAAUCAGACAUUGCAAAUGAGGACCAGCUGAUCAUUUUGAAGUGCCAUGAAAACAUUUGUGUUCUAAAGGAAGAGAUGUGUCACACACACACACAGAACAUUCAGCAGGUACAACAUUGAGACAAAACUCAAAACACACCUUCCGUUUAGGCUCCCUCUCUGCACGUCCAACGAACAUGGAGUGCUUCAUGUUGUCUCAGUAUUAGAAGUUUACUCCAUUCUCGGUAUUGGAAGUGGUUUAAAUCCUGUUGUCCACUGGGAGCUCCUCCUGUCACUUCCUUUGCCUCGCUAUCUAAAGCAUGUUCAACAAUCCACUUUAAAUGCCAACAGUAGUAACUACAGCAAACCAAGACUGAAGGUACAAUCAGCACAAACUGAAGAAACCAGGACUCGGACUGGGGCUGGAGAAUUUGGGACAAUAUGGCAAAAAAGGAAGUUCUUAAAGCAGUGGCUUGUGUUUAACUGUGAACAAUAAAGAUCGUCUUCAAUGUUUUGCACUACAA